ACCUGUCUGUUGUUGAUGACGAAAGCACUGUGCGACAUGGUUGUCAUGCGUUUUAGCGGUUAACAAGAAUACGUUGAUAUAUCUCUCGGUUUAUAUAUUUAAAUCGUUGUAAUUGAUUUUAUACAUGUAUAACUAUAAUAUAAUCACAGAAGUGCGACUAAGGAAGUGAUAUUUGAUUUUUUUAAAUAGUCAAUCUUACUGCAAGAUUUGACCAGCGAACUGAAUCAGUGAGUCUAAGAGGCAUUUUCAGGUUAUUUAACAAACAAAUUUUGACAGUUUUGUGGUGACUGAGCUGUACGUGAGGUUUAGGUAAGAGUUUUCUGAUGCUCUAUACUAAACGAGAGUCUCAUAAAACGUCGUAACACCAAACAGCUAAAAUGGGCUCUAGAUUUAUGCUAAAAGUCAGGACAUGUUUAAAGGCACCACAGGUGCCUUACUCAGUACACUUUUUUUGCACAAGAGAGUUUAAACAGUACCCUGGAGGCAGACAGAUGGACAGAGGUAACAGUUAUAAGCCUGGUGGACAAAGUACACCAAGAAUAAAAGACAACCUACAAGGUACAGAUGAUUGCUUCAGUAAGAAGUCUACUGUCGGGAAGCUGCCUUCCUUUCCCAAACCUACGUUUGCUGCCGGGACAGCUAAAAGAAGAACUGAGAGCCUGAGGUCAAGAAUGAUGUCUGCACUUGACGAAGAGGAGCUGGCACCCGGGCCAACAAAAACAGAAGAAAAAUUACAGCCGCCGGAUCAGCCGCUCUCCCCUGCUGAGUGGAGGGACCUGAAGGAGUCUCUGGGGAAUUCAAAUAAAUUUGAGCUCCAAAUGGCGAUUGCAAUGUUCAAGUUUGGAUCAGAACUGGAUAUUGCUAAAUCCCUGCUGAGUUUUGUUGCGGUGGAAACAGGCACUCUGCCUUACAAGCUGCUCCUGCAUUAUCUGCACCUGUGUGUGAAUGGAGGCCACGACGAUGAGGUGUUUGAGGUCUACAACAUCAUGCGUAGAUGUUUCCCCUUGCUGGAAACAGGAGCUUCCAGCCUUUUUAUCAAGUCCUUCAGCAGGACGGAACGGUGGAAGGAGGCCAUCAAAAUCUUCCAGGAAGUCAAGGAGGUUUUCACCCCGACCCUGGGCAACUAUGGUGACGUCAUCAUCGCGGCAUAUCAAAACGGUGAUGCGACCAUGGCCUGGGCUCUUUAUGACGAAUUGAUUAAGAGUGGGAAGACUCCACUUCCGUACACCUGGGAGGCUCUGUUCGCGUGCCCGAAGAAGACCAACGAGGGAGAAGUCGUUCAGGAGACUGAGCAGCAGGAGCGGCUGCAGGGGAUUCUACUUUACAUGAGAAACAACCAGAUCUACCCUCAGCUCAGCCUCGCCCACAAGAUCAAGACCUGGUUUGAGAGUCUCGCAGGACAGAACUGGACAGGAGCCUGGACCACCGUCACUGCAAAGGGAAAAUGUAGGUGCUGCGGAACAGAGCUGGAGUCCAUUCAGCUGACUGCUGAAGAGUUUCAGAAAGUGAAAGACAACAUAAUGGUUAACGUCAUCCAGGGAAGAGAUGUUUUCGUGAAUACCACUCCGGAGGAGUUGAAGAGCUUCAAGACGUUUGUGGAGACAAAGCCGCCGUUUGAUGUGGUUGUCGAUGGUUUGAACGUGUCAAAAUACAAAAAGGACCUGAGGCCGUCAGAGACGUUGUUGGCGGUGGUGUCGGAGCUCAAGAGWCAGGGCAAGAAUGUUCUGGUUCUGGGGAGGAAGCACAUGCUCAAGCCCUCCAGUCAGUGGAACAAAAACGACAUGAGUCUCAUAAAGCAGAAAGCUCAUUGCUUCUUUACUGAUAACAUCUCCGAGGACGACCCUUUCUUGCUUUAUGCCACUUUGAAUUCUGGGAACCACAGUCAGUUUGUGAGCAGGGACCUGAUGAGGGACCACAAGGCCUGCCUGCCCGAUCAACUCGCCAGGCGCCUCUUCUUUAAGUGGCAGAGGGGCCAUCAGCUUUUGGCAUGUGGGAAAACCCAAGAAGACAGGGUCAGAUUUCAGUAUAUUCCCAACUAUGACACCAUCAUCCAGACUACAGGAAACACGUGGCACAUUCCCUACGACGACACAGAGGAGAGAACAAUGCAUGAAGUGCCACAACGGUGGUUGUGUCUCACACAAAAAAAAGAUUUUGUAAAUUAAAACAUUUAAAUAAAAUAAACAUCAAUGUACACAUUUGAA